CUGGGCAAAGGGGUAGGAGAGAGAAAAAGUUACCACCCAAAGAGAUAAAAAGGGUGAAAACCUUAUGACAUGGAGAAAGCUCACUCAUGGGCACCUCCAUUUUCAAACUCAACAGUAGUAGUAUUAUAGUUUCCCAUUCGAGGGUGAGUGUGUGAGUGUGUUCUUGAGAAAGGUCAUAGAGCUUGACUGACAUUUUCUAAGUUUCUUCCCCUCUUGGAAGUAGCACAUCAAGAUCUCCUUCCUACUAGCUUUUAGUAGUAUAGCACCAUGAUGGCCUCCUCGUCCUCCUCCUCCUCCGACCUAAGCUUAGAUCAUCACCUCUUGCAAGAUGACCUCCCAUGGCCUCCUUCUUCUUCUACCCUGCUGCCGCCACUUGCUCCGGCUGUUCAUCACGCCCACCAAUGGAUCCAUCCACUAAUGCUGGAGCAGUUGAGUUCAGAUGAGCUUGAGGCGCUCCUGUCAGCACAAGGACACCUUCAUAACCAUAGCCAGCACCAGCACCAGCAGCUGCUUGCUGCUCCAUUGACAACAAUCCCUCAUCAUCAGCUAAGCUCGCUGCUGAUGAUGCAAGAGCUAGGGUUCCAAUGGAGCAGCAGCUAUGGCGGCACUGUCACAGAGCCGGCGACGGCGCCAUCGCAAGAUUCAGUGGUCAAAGAGGAGGUGUCGAGAAUCGCUUACGAUGAGACUAUGGUCGUUGAUGGCGCCGUCGUGCUCCCUAGCGUCAACGUCUCCCAACUGCAGGCAGCGCAUGCUUCCGGCUGCAGUGGCGAGGCAUUCGAGAUGGCUGCUGCUUCGGCGAGGCUGUGCAAGAGCCUGCAGGCGAUCCGUAGUAAUGGCGGGACGGCGCCAUUGGUGGGAUAUUCAGAGGAGCAUGUGGCGUAUGACCCUCCUCCUGUUCAUCAUCGUCUUCAAGGACUGUCCUCCAUUCUCCACACCUACAAGAUGGGUGUGCCUGCUGCUUUGGUGAGCGCAAAUGGGAAUGUACUGCAAGCUGGGAGAUCAGGAGGCCAUGGUCACCACGACGAGCAGCAACUGCAAGUGGUCGCAAUAUCUUCCAAGAAGAAGCCUCGGCUGCUACAGUCGCGCCCCACCAACAACAACAAUAUCAUCCCUUCUUUCAAGGUAAGGAAAGAGAAGCUAGGGGAUAGAAUUGCUGCUCUUCAGCAACUCGUCUCACCCUUCGGCAAGACUGAUACCGCAUCAGUACUCAUGGAGGCUAUCGGUUACAUUAAAUUUCUUCAAGACCAGGUCGAGACUUUAAGCGGGCCAUACAUGAGAUCAUCAAAACAUAAGAAAGCCAGGACAACACAACAACGGUGCCCAUCAAACGCCAGAGACCAGAAGGAGGAAGCAAAGGUUGAUCUGCGGAGUAGAGGACUGUGCUUGGUGCCUCUCUCAUGCACCUCCUACGUCACCAAUGAGAAUGGAGUCUGGGCCCCACCUAAUUUUAGGGAAAACUAGUUAGAGUCGGCUGCAAUUAAUAGAUCAGUCCAGCACACAAGUGUACUACUCAGAAACAAACAUUAAUUAAUUAAUUGCAGAUUUCCUGAGGAAAAAAGGUGUUCUCUCCCUCACUGGCACUGAAAUGGACAGUAC